AAAACAGGUGAACGCUAAAGAAAUCGACCAACCUGAAUUGGUAAAUUGGGAACAUACCCUCGCUCGCGACGAUAGCUGACGACCGUGCCGUUGGCGGGCUUUCUCACUGUUCUCACUUCUCUCUUCCUUUUGUGGCGAACAACUACUGUGACUGUGUUUGUCUAUUGCCCGUUCGAACAAUGGCAAAUGUUCGUACUAUCCGCUUGAGCAGGGAUUUGGAGGAUUUCAUAGUGCACGCUCCUGAGUCGGUGGUUCUGACUGCCUACGACGAAGAACGAAUGAAAUUCGUGAAGUUCGCUGUCUCUGGGCCACCCGAAACGCUUUAUGAGGGUUCGGUAUUCCAGGGUGUUCUGAAGUUGCCGGCCGACUUCCCAAGGAGGGCUCCUGAUGCUGUUUUAGAAACGCCAAUCUGGCACCCAAACAUAGGACUGUCGGGGAAGAUCUGUUAUGAUCUCAUUAGUGACUGGCAAGAAACCGGGUAG